AUGGCUGCCAUCCUCAAGUUCUUGAGGAGCAUCUACGACCUCGAUAACCUCGACACCCGCUUCACGAGCUCCUCUUCCGUUCCCUACAAGACCAUCGUCGAGGCCCGAACCGAUCCCGCGCAGAGCAAGGAGCCGCCCAACAAGGUCCAAAGCCGCUCCCAACCGUCGAAAUGGGGGACACCGGAAUACCUCCUCUACAUCUUUCUGCUUUCAUUCAUCGUGCCAUACAUGUUUUGGAUCGCGUAUGAUGUAUCAAGGCCUUCUGACCCUCGAUACCACAACUACGAACGCUUCCUCCGUGAUGGCUGGAUACCGGGUCGCAAGAUCGACGUAUCCGAUUCACAAUACCACACGUUCCGCGAGAACCUCCCGUUCAUGGCCCUCCUCCUGGCCUUCCACCCCCUUCUCCGCAAGCUCUGGAACACAGUCUUUCCGAUCCCCUCGGACCUGCACAAAAAGUCUGUCUCCGAACAGGGCGACACCCGCCUUGAGCAGCGUGCCUCCUUCGACUACCGCUUCGCCCUCGUCUUCCUCGUCGCCCUGCACGGCUUCUCCGCCCUCAAGGUGCUCGCGAUCCUCCACAUCAACUACCAGCUGGCGACCCGGCUCCCGCGCCGCUACGUCCCCGCCGCGACGUGGACGUUCAACAUCUGCAUGCUUUUUGCGAACGAGCUCUGCGAGGGGUACCGCUUCGCCGCCAUUGCGCGACACAUCACCCCGCCGCCCGCGACGAAGAACUUGCUCGAUGAAGACCCCUUUCUCGUGAGGUGGGGUACAUGGAUGGACCGUCAUGGCGGCCUCAUGAACCGCUGGGAGAUUCUCUUCAACAUCACCGUCCUACGGCUCAUCAGCUUCAACUUGGACUACUACUUCAGCCUCGAUCAACGCAACGGAAGUCCCCUAGAGAAGAAGCAACUCGACCCCUCCAACCUCUCCGAACGAGACCGCCUCGCCAUCUCCGCCGCGCCCAAGGACUACUCCUUCCGCAACUACGUCGCCUACGCAAUCUACGCACCCCUCUACCUCGUCGGCCCCAUCAUGUGCUACAACGACUUCAUCUCCCAGCUCCGCCACCGCCCGGCCUCGAUCGAGACCCCGCGCACGAUCCGCUACGCCGUCCGCUUCCUCCUCGGCCUCCUCGCCAUGGAAGUUGUCCUGCACUACGACUACGUCUGCGCAAUCUCCCACGCCGGGCCCGACUGGUCCACCUACACGCCCGCCCAGCUCUCCCUCCUCUCCUUCUUCAACCUCCACAUCAUCUGGCUCAAGCUCCUCCUGCCCUGGCGCCUCUUCCGCCUCUGGGCCCUCAUCGACGGCGUCGACGCUCCCGAGAACAUGCUCCGCUGUGUCUCCAACAACUGGUCCCCGAAAUCCUUUUGGAAGGCCUGGCACCGUUCCUACAACCGCUGGCUCAUCCGGUACAUCUACAUUCCCCUCGGCGGCGCAAACUUCCGCUCCUGGGCCACCACCGUCCGCUCCAUCGCCACGUACCUGCUGGUCUUUACGUUCGUCGCCCUCUGGCACGAUAUCCGUCUGCGCCUGCUCAUCUGGGGCUGGCUCAUUGUGCUCUUCCUGCUCCCCGAGGUCCUCGCGCAGCUCCUGUUCCCCGCGCGCAAGUGGGAGGGCAGACCGGAUACGUACCGGCGGAUCUGCGCCGUGGGAGCUGUUGCGAAUGUGCUCAUGAUGAUGAUCGCCAACCUUGUCGGUUUCGCUGUCGGACUCGACGGCUUGCAGAGCAUUCUCUCUGGAAUUCUGCACGACUGGUCAGGUGCGCUGUUCUUUAUGAGUGCGUUUGCCUCUUUGUACAUGGGUGUCCAGGUCAUGUUUGAAAUCAGAGAGGCCGAGAUGCGAAGAGGCAUUUCACUAAAGUGUUGA